UUCUAGAGAUCUGCCCUUUUUAAUUACCAUGCCAAAUUGUUUACUUUCUCAAAACUCAAUCCUGCAAUAUUUUAUAAACACCUCCAACUUGGCCCUUCAAACGUAUUUCUUAAAAUCUUAACUACUAAAUCAAAAAGGAAAUAAUCAUGAAGCUCUGCUGAAGAAGAAAGUGGUGAAAGAGACAUUAAAAAGCCAAUACAUGUGAGUCUGAAAUAGGAAAUGUAAAAGACAGAAAUUUAUUAUCAUAAAUUGCAGUAGGUGGGCAGUUUUUUUUUUUUUUUCUUUUUUCUUUUUCGUCUGAAAAAAUAUUUGUUGCAUAUUUAUUUCUCAUUUGACUUGUUCAAAUAUUGAGUUGGAAUGAUCAAGAAGAAAAUCAAAUUCAAAUUCAACAGAGAUAUUAACCCAAUAUUUUAUUACUGGAACCACGAGGCGGGUUGUGAUUUGGUGAGGAAGAGGAUUAUUCAGGGAGUCAAAUGCAGGAAAUUAAAAAAAUAAACAUUAUUCAAAUAAAAAAAAGUCGACUUCAUUUCACGGACUUUCAAACAAAUUUCAGAUCAAAAGCUUUGGUUACAACACAAAAAGUUGCGUAGCAUUCAAAUUUUCACAUCCACUCACUAUCCCAAAAUAGACUAAAACCAGACCACCAAUGCUUCACCAAACAAAGAAAGCACAAACUUUGAUCAAAUUUAUUUAGCCCAGAAAGCAAGAAACUGAAAAGAAAAGAAAACCCAGUAGACUCUGGGUUUCCUUUGUAGAAAAUAAUGGCUGCAACUGCGAAAGAAUCAAGCUCUGGUGGCGAAACUAGCAAUAUCAAAGGAGUCCUCACACAUGGCGGUCGUUACGUGCAGUACAACGUGUACGGUAACUUGUUUGAGGUCUCUAGCAAAUAUGUCCCUCCCAUUCGACCCAUCGGUCGAGGUGCUUAUGGCAUUGUUUGUGCUGCUGUAAAUUCAGAGACACAUCAGGAGGUUGCCAUUAAGAAGAUUGGUAAUGCGUUUGACAACCGAAUAGAUGCCAAAAGGACAUUGAGAGAAAUUAAGCUUCUUCGUCACAUGAGCCAUGAAAAUGUCAUUGCUAUCAAGGACAUCAUACGGCCCCCCAAGAAGGAUACUUUCAAUGAUGUCUACAUUGUUUAUGAAUUAAUGGACACUGAUCUUCAUCAGAUAAUUCGUUCUAACCAACCACUAACAGAUGAUCAUUGUCAGUACUUCUUAUAUCAGUUGUUACGAGGGCUGAAAUAUGUACACUCAGCCAGUGUCCUGCACCGUGAUCUUAAGCCAAGCAACUUGCUUCUCAAUGCCAAUUGUGACCUAAAAAUUGGAGACUUUGGGUUGGCAAGGACGACAUCUGAAACAGAUUUUAUGACUGAGUAUGUCGUCACUCGUUGGUACCGAGCACCAGAGUUGCUCCUCAACUGUACAGAAUACACUGCUGCAAUUGAUAUAUGGUCUGUUGGUUGCAUACUUGGUGAAAUUAUGACCAGAGAACCUUUGUUUCCUGGGAAAGAUUAUGUCCAUCAGCUCAGACUUAUCACUGAGUUAAUAGGCUCACCUGAUGACGCCAGCCUUGGAUUUCUCCGAAGUGAUAAUGCCCGAAGAUAUGUUAGACAGCUUCCACAGUGCAGGAAGCAAAAUUUCUCUACUAGAUUUCCCAAUAAUUCUGCAGGGGCUGUUGAUCUGCUAGAGAAGAUGCUUGUCUUUGAUCCCAACAAACGUAUUACAGUUGAUGGGGCACUUUGUCACCCAUAUUUGGCGACUCUUCAUGAUAUCAAUGAUGAGCCUGUCUGCCCCAGGCCUUUCAACUUUGAUUUUGAGCAUUCGUCAUGUACUGAAGAUCACAUCAAGGAGCUCAUCUGGAGGGAGUCGGUGAAGUUCAACCCAGACCCAACUUCUUAGGAGCAUCCUUUGCUUGUGCUGUAGAAAUUCAUACAAAAUAACCUCUUUUCCCCUAAUACGAUGGUCCAUCACUCUUCCCUAGAGUGGAUAGGAAUAGGAACAGCAUUGGAGUUUGUUUUCUUGUCCCUUAAGGCUGGAGUUAGGUAAUGUGUAAGGAGCUGUACAAUAACUUCUCUGAGGGUUGGGGAUUUAAAAGUAUGGUCAGGAGGACAAUUGCAUGUUAGUUUAGGUACUUAACAAAUCUGUUAAAAGCUGCUUGAACUGAGUUUGAUAAGAAACUGGCAGAAAACUUCUCUCUAAGUAUUACUAGUUUGGAAUUUUAGCGCUUCAAGCAAAUAUUGUGGAUAUAUUGUUCAUGGAUCUGACUUCUCUCUUAUUAGAACCUUUUUGAGUUAAUA